AUGGCUGUUGUAGACAAGCAACUCGCUGGUGAAUUGUGGUACCACGGUUUGCUUCCUCGUGAAGAUAUCAAGCAAAUGCUGAGAUCAAAUGGAGAUUUUCUGGUUAGAACUACGGAACCUGUGGCGGGCAAACCUCGCGCACUUGUGCUAUCUGUUAUGGUCAAACAAGAAUUUGAAGACCAGGGUGUACGUGUUUGUCAUAGCUGA